AUGAUAGACUUACCACUAGCAGGGGGCCCUUCCACAUGGUCUAAUAAUCAUACAUGGACUCAUUUGGAUCGUUUCCUAAUUUCACCAGAGUGGGAAAGUCAUUUUUCGGAUGUAUGGCAAAAGCGUCUGGCUCGUUUAGCUUCGGAUCAUUGGCCUAUCUUACUUGAUUGUGGAGGCAUUAAGAGUGGUAGAUGGUAUUUUAAGUUCGAGAAUAUGUGGUUGAAAUCAGAAAAUUUUGUGGAGAGGGUCAAACAAUGGUGGAUUUCGUAUCAGUUUGAGGGUAUACCUAGCUUUAUUUUUGAAAAUAAGUUGAAAGCUUUAAAAAGAUACCUAAAAGAAUGGAAUAUACAGUCUUUUGGAAAUGUUAAGGAAAACAAAAAUACCAAGUGGAUGGAAAUACAAGUGUUAGAAAGACUACAAGAGGGGAGAAUACUUACUGAGGAAGAGCAAGCACAAAAAAUUUUGUUGGUUGCAGAUCUUAAGAGGAUAAUCUUGCAAGAGGAAAUGUCUUGGCGCCAAAAGUCAAGAGCAUUAUGGUUAAAGGAAGGGGAUCGGAGCACGAGGUUUUUCCAUAGUAUUGCAAACUCUCAUAGAAGAAAUAAUAACAUUGAGGUGUUGAAAAUUGAGAGGGUGGAGUGUAGAGAAGAAGAGGCUAUCAAAGAUCAUGAGGUUGAUUUCUUUGAGAAAAUCCUUACUGAGCAGGUGGAGUAG